CGGGAGGUGCACAUGUCACUAAGUCCAUCCCACCCUUUCUUCUGUGGCGCACCACGUCGAAACUUCAACCUCUUCAAAUCGCGCGUCUUUUUUGUCCCAAUCAACACCAACCACUCUCUCACGCCCAGUUGUUUGCGACAAUGACUAUCACAGUGAUUCUGGGCUCCCAAUGGGGAGACGAAGGCAAAGGAAAGCUGACCGACAUCCUUGCCCCCGAGGCACAGCUUUGCGCGCGAGCUGCCGGCGGUCACAAUUGUGGGCACUCAAUUCACGCCAAUGGUGUGUCGUACAGCUUCCAUCUUCUUCCGUCCGGUCUGAUCAACCCGAAUUGCAUGAACUUCAUCGGCUCAGGUGUCGUCUUCCACGUCCCCUCCUUCUUCAAGGAGCUUAAGGAGCUCGAUGAGCUCGGCCUCCCUGGAGUCUAUGAUCGAAUUCUCGUCUCAGACCGCGUCCAUAUCGACUUGGACCUUCACGCCGCCGUCGAUGGACUUGAGGAGGUUGAACUAGGAGAGGGCAAGAUCGGAACCACCGGUAGAGGUAUCGGUCCAAGCUAUUCUUGCAAAGCCGCACGAAGUGGAAUUCGGAUGGCAGAGGUCUUCGAUGCCGAACUCUUUGAGUCUAAGCUUCGACGACUUGCAUCUGGCUACGCUAAGAGAUACGGAGAUCUGCUCAAGUACGACGUCGAGGAGGAGCUUGCCCGUUUCAAUGAGUACCGCCCUAAACUCGCUAAAUACGCCGUCGACGGCGUAUCUCUACUCCAAUCAGCGCAAAAGAACAACACCAAGAUCCUUGUAGAAGGCGCCAACGCCCUGAUGCUUGAUCUAGACAUGGGGUCGUACCCAUACGUGACUAGCUCUACCACAAGCAUAGCAGGCAUUAUCGGCGGUUUGGCACUUAAUCCUCGUGGCCUCACAGAAGUCAUUGGUGUAGUCAAAGCCUACACAACGCGAGUUGGUAUGGGAAGCUUCAAGACUGAAGACCUUGGAGAGGUUGGCACGAAACUCCAGGACGUGGGCCGAGAAUGGGGAACUUCCACUGGUAGAAAACGCCGUUGUGGCUGGCUCGACCUUGUUGUCGUCAAGUAUAGCACGGCGAUCAACUACUACACUGCACUGAACCUCACCAAGCUUGAUGUUCUCGACACCUUCGAGACGAUCAAGAUCGCCAUUGCGUACAAGGAUCCCGAGACCGGCGAGGAGUUGGCUGCAUACCCUGCAGAUCUCAACAUCCUCGACCGCGCUGAGGUUAUCUACCACGAGAUGCCCGGAUGGAACAAGCCGACCACUAACGCGAAGACCUACUACGACCUCCCCAAGCAGGCACGAGAUUACGUCGAUUAUAUCGAGAAUUUCGUCGGAGUCAAGAUCAAGUGGAUUGGCACCGGCCCCGACCGUGAAGCUAUGAUUAAGCGAUUUUGAAAGGCCGCUGGUGGGAUGGGUUGGGUCGGGGUGAGAGAGGGCUAUGUGUGAACUCUGGUUGUAUGCUUCCAAACACAACAGGAAGUCCAAUAGAAUCUCUAAGUCCGAGUACCAGCAAAGAUAGAAAGUCGUUCUGAUAUUCUCUAGUUUAUGGGAAUUAACACAAACCAAUCUGUGCAUUCAUCAGCCCUGGGAGCGAAUCCGGUGACGUCUCACGCAACG